AUGAUUAAAGCGGUGCAUUGUUGGAUACUACACAUGCCAUUUUUGGACUAGACAACUUCCGAUUCAAUGACGACUGCUGUUACGCUACUAUCAAAAUAGGGAAGAUGACGGAGGAAAUCUAACUAUUGGUGCACUGAAAAUCCCCAUAAAUGCUGCGAUAGUAUAUCAGGGUUCAGUGUGUGCGUCAGGUGUGGAUGGAGUCAGUAACAUCAGAGCACCCAGCAUAGUAAUCACAGACAGGACAAUCCGAAGAAGUCCGUGUUCAGACCAACAGCCUGCACAUCGGCAGGCAGGGGGAGAAUGGUUAAGUACUUCUCUAACGAUGUAGACAUCAGGACCACGUGGGACCAUGUUGUCUCUGCCUUCUGGCAGAGGUAUCCCAACCCAUUCAGCACCCAUGUUCUCACGGAGGACGUGGUUCUCCGUGAGGUGACGGCGGACCAGCGGCUUCUCUCCAGACGCCUGCUCACCAAGACCAAUCGAAUGCCUCGCUGGGCCGAGUUCCUCUUCCCCUCCAACCUAUCACGCUCCGUCUACAUCGUAGAGGACUCCGUCGUCGACCCGGUCACCAAGAGCCUCACCACGUACACCUGGAACCUCAAUCACACUACGUUAAUGACUGUGGAGGAGCGCUGCGUGUUCCAGGAGUCAGAGGACCGGCCUGCCUUCACACUGCUCAGACGAGAGGCCUGGAUCUCUUCUGGAGUCUACGGCUUCUCCAGACCUAUCCAGGAGUUUGGCUUGGCCCGCUUCAAGAGCAACCAGGUGAAGGCCAUGAAGGGCCUGGAGUACGCUCUGUCUAACUUACACGGAGAGGCACCCCAGCGCCAGCCCUGCGUCCGGGGCACAGUGAAGACUGCUACAGAGAAAGCCAAGACCCUGGCCUCGGCCGCCACCCCGCAGAAACAGCCCCAGCAGUACGUGUGACAACAGGGGAACAUCCACUGCCACCGGCUGGAACGGGACACAUUCACAUGCAACACACAGGCUGGCCAAUUCUGAUCUUUUUAAGAGCUGAUCUGAUUGGUCAAAAGACCAAUUUGUAAGGAAAAACAAAUCAGAAUUGAGCUGUGCAUGCACACACUCUUUUAGCUGACUUUUCAUUGACUGGAAGCUUGCUUGUAUCAAGGUAUUGGUGUACAGUAUGUGUGCAAUAUGUCCAUCUAAACCACUAACAGCUCUGCUCCUCUGGGGUUAGGCUCUGCUCCUCUGGGGUUAGGCUCUGCUCCUCUGGGGUUAGGCUCUGCUCCUCUGGGGUUAGGCUCUGCUCCUCUGGGGUUAGGCUCUGCUCCUCUGGGGUUAGGCUCUGCUCCUCCUUGUUUUCAUUAGCCUAGCAUUAAUACAUCUCAGGUACUGAGCCCCUGUCUGACUGCCUGCCACAACCUAGGGACAUGUUCAAUAGGCCCCAAACGCGAACAAAAUGUUCUCAAACCGAGUGAAACAGAAAAGUAUGUGGACAGCCCUUCAAAUGAUUUGAUUUGGCUAUUUCAGCCACAUAUGUUGCUGACAGGUGUAUAAAACCAAGGACAGUCAUGCAAUCUCCAUAGACAAACAUUGGCCUUACUGAAGAGCUCAGUGAUUUAACGUGGCACCGUCAUAGGAUGCCACCUUUCCAUCAAGUCAGUUCGUCACAUUUCUAUCCUGGUCAACGAAGUGCUGUUAUUGUGAGGCAGAAAGUCUAAUUGUUCGUCGGGAGCUUCAUGAAAUGGGUUUCCAUGGUUGAGCAGGCGCACAAAAGCCUAAGAUCACCAUACGCAAUGCAAAGCGUCGGCUGGAGUGGUGUAAAGCUCGCUACCAUUGGACCAGCGGAAAUGCAUUCUUUGGAGUGAUGAAUCAUGCUUCACGAUCUGUCAGUCUGACGGACGAAUCUGGGUUUGGCGGAUGCCAGGAGAACACUACCUGCCCCAAUGCAGAGUGCCAAAUGUAAAGUUUGGUGGAGGAAGAAUAAUGGUCUGUGGUGGUUUAUGGUUCCAGUGAAGGGAAAUCUUAACUCUACAGCAUGCAAUGACAUUCUAGACGAUUCUGUGCUUCCAACUUUGUGGCAACAGUUUGGGGAAGGCCCUUUCCUGUUUCAGCAUGAUGCCCCCGUGCACAAAGCCAGGUCCAUACAGAAAUGGUCUGUCGAACUUGACUGGCCUGCACAGAGCACUGACCUCAACCCCACCAAACACCUUUGGGAUGAAUUGGAACGCUGACUGCAAGCCAGGCCUAAUUGCCCAACAUCAGUGGCUGAAUGGAAGCAAGUCCCCGCAACAAUGUUCCAACAUCUAGUGGAAAGCCUUCCUAGAAGAGUGGAGGCUGUUGUAGCAGCAAAGGGGGGGACCAACUCUAUAUUAAUGCCCAUGAUUUUGGAUGAGAAGGUGUCCACAUACUUUUGGUCAUGUAGUGUACUUUCUGAACUUAUCCAAUAGAAACACUUUUCUGUUGCAAAAUGUUUUUAUACGGUGUGCCAUAAUGAACACGACCCUGACUUGAGUAAGCUCUGGGAUACAUCUCUUGUGCACUCAGUGAGGCCUGUUUUGAAAAGCAUAACGUGACAAAUCAGACAUGCCAAAUAACAGUGAAGGUGAAGUGAAGACAAGCUGAAGAAAUAAUAUAAAUUCCACAACACUGGAUGCAUGCUGGAGUUUGAGAGUUUAUCAAAUAAUAAAUGAUUAGUAAUUAUUGUAUUACCCUUCAACUGCGUCGUUUGACUGAUUUGUCAGUGAGGUCUACGAUUGGUCUGUUGGAUAUAUCAAGCUAUAUCAAAUUAGGCAUUUGACUUGACAUUUACCAGGGACAGUUGAUGUAUUUAAUUUGUUUUAUUGUACAUUAAUGUGUUAGUCUGACAUUGGUUUGUCUGUCUCUUAAUAUUUUUGCUGCAUUCCUUUAAGGUAAAAUUAACUAUUAUGAUUUUGAAAUCAUUUUGGCUGUGAUUUUAGACUGGAGGAAAUUGUCAUUAAGUCUUAACAUUGACAGAAUACUGCACUUAAAUAAACAUCUGAUUUAAUGUUA